AUAUCCCUUCAAACUCAACCACCAAUCACCAAUCCAUAACACACAACACAACCUUCUCUUUCCAUCAAAAAAACCAAACCAAACUCAUUGUCUUCUGUUCUUCUGUGUUUUUAAGAUUCUUUUUACCUUAAACUUCAAACACACACAAAGAUUCAUUACACAUAAUGGCUUGUUCAUUGCAAGCAACAAUAUCAGCCAACACAUGUGCUUUCUCCACAAGGAGAUUCUCCUUGAGGCAGCAGAAGAUUUGUAAGAGAAGCUCUUGCAUGUUCACUGUUAGAGCUUCUUCUGAUGAGUCUGAUUGUAAUCAAGAAGAAUGUGCACCUGACAAGGAAGUUGGGAAGGUGAGUAUGGAAUGGUUAGCAGAGGAGAAGACGAAAGUGGUAGGUACAUAUCCCCCACGCCGUAAAGCGGGUUGGACAGGCUAUGUUGAAAAGGACACUGCUGGACAGACUAACAUAUAUUCAGUCGAGCCAGCAGUUUAUGUGGCAGAAAGUGCUAUAAGUUCAGGAACACCUGGUUCGUCUUCUGAUGGAGCUCAAAACACAGCGGCGAUCGCUGCUGGUCUUGCGCUGAUCUCAAUCGCCGCAGCAUCAUCAAUACUUCUACAAGUUGGCAAGAAUGCUCCUCCUCCGGUCAAAGCACCCGAAUACUCUGGUCCAUCACUUAGUUACUACAUCAACGAGUUCAAGUCACAAGAAAUUAUUCAAGCGCCCCCCGUGUCUACCGAGGCAGAACCAUCAUUACCUGUGCAACCCGAGAGCUCUGAAACGGAUGCAUCAUUAUCUGUUCAAAAACUCGAGAGCUCCGAGACGGAUGCAUCAUUAUCUGUUCAAAAACUUGAGAGCUCUGAAACAGAUGCAUCGUUAUCUGUUCAAAAACUUGAGAGCUCUGAGGCGGAUGCAUCGUUAUCUGUUCAAAAACUUGAGAGCUCCGAGGCGGAUGCAUCGUUAUCCGUUCAACAACCUGAGAGCUCCAAGGCUGAUGUUUCAGCAUCUGUUCAACCUGAAAAUUCUCCUGCAGAAGUGCCUCAAGUUAAAGAUGAAUCUAAGACUCAGCCAGAUACUUCAAGUUUUGACUGGACACUUUAUCUUGAGUGAUUACUUUUGCUUUAAGAGCAUGGAAAAGUAGUUCAUUUUAUGUUCAUAAUAUGAGCUUAUGUAUACAAGGUUGAUGAUGGAUGGAAAUGUUUUUGCUACCAAAUUAAGUGUGUUUAUAUUUUGAUAAGGAAAGAGAGAUUAUACAAGCACAACUUAACUAAAGGUUAAGCCUUACAUUUCUAAAUUCUAUCUAUAAUCCUCAAAAUAGUGAAGCCAUGUUUCAAA